AUGCGGCAGCAUGGCAUCAACGCAGAGAAGACCUAUAUGCCACACGGGUUCCUCGAGUUCAAUGAGCAGCUCAUCCUCGGCUACUUUGAGGGUUCGAAGAUCAGCUCAUCCUCAUUCCUCAUCUCCAACAGUACCAGAUUCCUGGUGCACCGGUACGAGUUGGAGGUCCUAGCGAUCGCCUGCGAGACCGUCUCCCUUUUCCGCGGGAAGAAGUUCACGCUGCAGCAGGGCAAGCAGGAGUGCAUGAAGCCGGCCCCCGACAAGUACCCAACCCUGGACACUCUGUUUGGACUACAAGAGCAUGACGGCUUCUGCUACGUCUGCCAGAAGUACUAUGCCAGCUAUGCCGUGGUGCGAGACCACAAGAGCCUGACACACGUCGGCCUCCAGUGCCACUGGGGCACUUGUGCCACCACUACCACUACCGAGGCCGAUAUGAAAACCCAUAUCAUGCAGCAUAACAAUGAUGCCGGAGCACCUUUACUUGUCCUUGGGCUCGUCUACGCUGCCCACUUCAUCCACGUCCGAGCCACAACGUACGGAGCAUUUGGCAGACAGUAA